UGGCCAUUGGUUGCAUGGUUUCCAUUCGUUUCACGGGCGUCAUUCCUGCCACAGUCUUGGGCUCAUUUGUUUCCUGGCCAUGGCCGCCAUGGCCACAGAGAUCAGCGAAGACGAAUGGCGCGCGCAGUGUGCACGGACCAAGACGGCCGUCGAGGAGCUGCUGAAGGGCCGCCAGUCUCGUGAAGCCUUGGCGGAAGCCUUGCGGGAGCCACCCUAUGGUGCUCCGGACGAGUUGAAGGACCAGGCGGCCAAGACCGUGCUUUACGCCAUGUCCGCCUUUCGCGAGGCUGAGAUCAAGGAGGCCACAGCGUUUCUGAACGAAGACGCGCAGAACGUCCUGAUGAAAUACCUCUACAAGUUUUGGGGUCAGGGCCUCCCUGCUCGCACCAACGCGCAGCUCUUUGUUUGGCAUGCCGCCCUGGUUGAGAAGGCUGGAACGGGAUCCAUUGUCCGGGUGCUGUAUGACUGGAACCGGCCUUGAGAGCUGAUCGAAAGCCAUGAGCCACCGCUUCGGCAACACGAGAAUGAUAGAGAAUUGAUAUAAAGAAGAUUAGAGAAGUGUACUGCAAUGGCAGUACCAAUUUUCAUAUUCUAACUGCA